UCAUUAUUAUUAUUAUUAUAAAAGGGAUGAUUUCUCCACUUAAUCGAAUCAAUAAACAAAAUUUCUUCUCACUCUCUUCUUCUUGUGUUUCUUCACACUCUAUCCUCUCACUCUAAUUUCCCAAUCUUGCCCCAAAAUUUCCCUUCAAUCCUUUCGCCUCUUGUAAUUUUAAUCUUUUUUUUUUUAAUAAUUAAAUUAUCUUCUCUGUACAUGUAUCAGGUUUAGGGUUUUAUCUUGAUUUUCUUUGUAUCUAUGCAAACUAGGUUUUAGGUUUUGUAAUUUUUUUCUAUUUGACAGAUAUUGUACUUUUAUUUUAUAUUUUCUUGAAUUGAUGAUCUCUAUGUAAUGAUGAGAAGAAUAAUAAAGGAGAGUUUAUUAGAGAUUUAGAUGAAUCAGGGUUAGGGUUCUUUUUUUGUUUUAUUUUAUUUUGCUAUUGUAUUUCAAUGGAAAUGGAGAAUCCGCGUAGAUCAUUCGAUAGAUCGGGUUUAGUUAAAAAACCGCGAUUAACGGAAGAUCCGACCCGGAGUUUUACUCAGAGACCCGCUGUAACUCAAAGAUUUAGUACAAGUAGGGAUUCGGAGGUCGAUGAACGAGCUGGUGGCGCGUAUCAGCCACAGCAGCCGCACCAAGAGCUGGUGAGCCAAUACAAGACGGCGCUAGCCGAACUGACCUUCAAUUCGAAGCCGAUAAUAACGAAUUUGACUAUAAUUGCCGGCGAGAAUGUUCAUGCCGCGAAAGCAAUCGCGGCCACGGUCUGCGCUAACAUUCUUGAGGUUCCCAGUGACCAAAAGCUGCCGUCUCUCUAUCUUUUAGAUAGUAUUGUAAAGAAUAUUGGAAGGGAUUACAUAAAACAUUUUGCUCCCAGACUACCAGAGGUCUUUUGCAAGGCUUAUAAACAGGUUGAUUCUUCUGUUCAUUCGAGUAUGCGGCAUCUUUUUGGAACUUGGAAAGGAGUUUUUCCUCUUCAGACCCUUCAGAUGAUUGAGAAAGAACUUGGCUUCACUCCUAUGAUCAAUGGUUCAUCUUCUGGAACAACAUCCAGGCCUGAUUCACAAUCACAGCGACCACCACAUAGCAUUCAUGUGAAUCCUAAGUACUUAGAAAGGCAGCGCCUUCAGCAGUCAGGCAGGGCAAAAGGAAUGGUUAAUGACAUGACUGGGCCUAUUGCCAGCACAACUGUAGAUGCUGAGAAGCCUGAGAGGUCAUCCAGCAUCAGCACCAGCAGGCCAUGGGUGGAACCUUCAGUCAAAAUGCAUAGCUUUCAGCAUUCACACAGAGAUGCACUAAGUGAGCCUAUUCAUGAGAAGAACGUUGGUACAGCCUAUGGAGAAUACGAAUACAGCUCUGAUCUUUCGCAGAAUUCUGGCUUGGGAAUUGGAAGAACCACUGGAAGGGUUAUUGAUCAAGGAAAUGACAAAUCUUGGGGUGGAGUUGGUAGCAACAUUGCAGAGACAAUAUCUGGCCAAAGAAAUGGUUUCAAUAUCAAGCAUAGUUUUCCAAAUUACUCAGCUUCCAAAUCUGCAAAUGCUGAUGCGCAUCUGCAGCCAACACAGAAGAUAGCAAGUAGAAGCAGCAGUGGCAUGUCUAGUAGCUGGAAAAACUCUGAGGAAGAGGAGUUUAUGUGGGAGAUGCACUCAAGAUUAUCAGAUAAUGAUGCAGCCAGUAUUCCUAUCAAUUCAAGGAAGGAUCGUUGGACUCCAGAUGAUCCAGAAAAAAUGGAAUUUGAAAAUCGCCUCCAAAAGCCACAAAAUGUGCAUGAUGUUGGGUCAAGGUUUGAAAGAGAAACUGCCACUGAUUCCCUUUCUACUGAACAGAAAGAUCAAGCAGCUUAUGGGCAACGGAAAUCUACAAUGUGGCCCUUGAAGGAAUCACACUCAGAAGGCUAUUCUGCCACCUUUGUUGGGUUGCCUACAAGCACAAGUUCUUCUCUGGCCAGGAUGGGAGGUCGUCCAUCUGUUGGUUCAUCUCAUAGUGGGGCCUCAGGUUUUGGGGUUUUGUCAAAUUCAGCGGUGGGAUCUACCGGAAGCUUGGGGCAACAAAGGUUUCAGUCUGCAAGAGCUGGAUCACCCUCUGGACAGUCAGCCAUGCUCCAGCGUCCUCCAUCACCUUUGUUACCGGCGCAUCAUCCCCAUCAAAACUUGCAAAAUUUGUCUGAGCAGGACUAUCCUCAUGUUCAGUCCCUGCCUAGACCUGAUUUAAAAGCAUCUCCCUUCUCAGGACAUUUAAACAGUGGGCCUAUUAGCCGCUCUAGUAAGGAUUCCUUAUCCGUGCUGCAUUCUAAUAGUCACCUUGGUAACUUGCAAAAAUUUCAGCCCCAAGACUUGAAGGGUUCAUCUCCUGGAGGCUCUUCUUUUCAGCAAAGCCGUCACUAUCCUCUUACACAGCCACUGCAGCCGGAUCCUAAGCAGCCUGAACCUUCUGGUCUGUCUCCAAAGCCACUUCUGCGUCAAGUUUCUAAUUUUGGAACUCCCUCAACGAUUGGAAAUGCAUCUGAUCAUUCAAAUACUCUUGAUGGAGAAACUUCAGGACAAUCAAGCACGAGUACAUUGUUAGCUGCUGUCUUGAAGACGGGUAUUCUUUCUAACUCGAUCACUAGUGGCCUAGCUAAUCAUACUUUCCAGGACAUGGGACAAAUGCCAUCACAGUCAGAUAUUCAACCCCCUCUGCCAAGUGGGCCUCCACCUACCCUGGUUACCUCCUCAGGACCCAGGGCUGUGUCAGGAACUUUUUCAGGUCCUGCUUCCCGUGAUAAGUCAUCAGCUUCAGCAAAUGGUUCCCAUGGAAAGGUAGAACCACCACCACUGCCACCUGGUCCUCCACCUUCAUCUCUUGCGGGUAGUACAUCAACACAAACUUCCAAUGUUGAAAGCAAGUCUUCAAACCCUAUUUCAAAUCUGUUGAGCUCAUUAGUUGCAAAGGGUCUGAUAUCUGCAUCAAAGAAUGAGUCACCAUCUCUCUUGGCACUCCAAAUGCCCACUCAGACACAGAAUCAAAGCCCAGGGGUCUCUUCCAGUAGUCUUGCACCAGUGUCUUUGGUUCCAAGUUCAUCUAGCAUUCCUCCAACUUCCGUCAUGGAUGAGGCAUCUUUUCCAGAACCUGCUGCUGAAAGUUCGGUUGCUGUACCUCAGUCCACUUCAGUGGAGAUGGAAAAUCUCAUAGGUUUGGAGUUUAAGACAGAUAUAAUCCGUGAAUUUCAUCCAACUGUGAUCAAUAGAUUGUUUGAUGACUUACCGCAUAGCUGCAGCAUAUGUGGUCUUCGACUUAAACUCCAAGAACAGCUUGAUAGACACUUGGAGUGGCAUGCUUUAAGGUGGUCUGGACCAGAUGCUGUAGUUAGAAGGAGUUUUUAUGCGAGGUCAGAUGACUGGGUUGCUGGGAAGGCAGGACUUCCAAUAGGGUUUGAGUCUUCCAUUCUGAAAGAGUCUGGUAAAAUAAUGGACAAGGGUGAGCCUAUGGUUCCUGCAGAUGAUAAUGAAUGUGCAUGUGUUUUGUGUGGUGAGCUUUUUGAAGAUUAUUAUGAUCAAGAAAGGGAUGAAUGGAUGUUCAAAGAAGCGGUAUAUAUGACUACCCUGAUCAAGGACGGUUUGGCAGAAACAAAAGAUGAGAGUGCUGCUAAGGGUCCCAUAGUUCAUGCAAAUUGUAUAUCAGAAAGUUCGUCUCAUGACUUGGGACUUAUUAGUGGGGUUAAAAUGGAAAUGGAUACGUAAUGCGUUAAGGUGAGAGAAACCAUGGAAGUG